UGGGAGGGCUUUCAUUCACUGCACCAGCCUGCAGCACGCGCACACGGACCAGGACGGCUUUUUCUCACCACUUCUUCACCACUGCAGGCGAUCUCAUACGAUCAGGGCUCAGCGGACCGUCAACUUCACCACCAACGACGCCAAAACAGACCACAAAAACCGGCACCAUGGGAAAAGGCUGUAUCACUGUCACCAAGUACUUUCUAUUUCUCUUCAACCUUCUCUUUUUUAUCUUCGGGGCACUCAUCAUGGGCUUCGGGUUGUGGGUGCUUUUCGAUAACCAGAGUUUCAUUGCCGUCCUGCAGGAAUCGUCCAACACAGUGAAAGUGGCUUCCUAUAUCCUCAUUGGAGUGGGCUCUCUGUCUAUGGCCAUGGGAUUUUUUGGUUGCAUAGGGGCCAUUUACGAAAUUCGCUGCCUUUUGGGCCUGUACUUCACCUGCCUGCUACUCAUUCUCAUUGCUCAAGUCACAGCUGGAGUUCUUAUAUACUUCCAACGGGAUCGGUUGAAAUAUGAGAUGUCCAACAUUAUCAAAGACAUGAUCAUCCACUAUACGGGUCAGAACAGGACCACAGAGCACACCUGGGACUACGUCCAGAGAUCGAUGCAGUGUUGUGGAUGGACCGGACCAGGAAACUGGUCUGAGAACCUGUUGAUAAAGAACAGCAGUCAGAACCUGUACCCGUGCUCCUGUCGAAAUGCGUCCCUGCCAGGGACAGAGAUCAAGGACGUGGGUCUGUGUGACCACUUGUCCUCAGACCUGCCAGUCUUUGAGACGGGCUGCAUAACUAGUGUGGAGAAAUGGCUGCUGGAAAACUGUGGAGUUAUUCUGGGAAUCUGUGUCGGAGUGGCAGUUGUGGAGCUUUUGGGGAUGAUCCUCUCCAUGUGUCUCUGUAAAAGCGUGGUGCAGGAGGAUUACACCAAAGUCCCAAAGUACUGAUCCUGAGUCCGAGGCCAGGAUCCCACAUGGAUGGACAUCUUCUCCCUCUCUCCCCUCUGUCUUUCCAACUUUGUAAACUCAAAUUAAGACAGCUGUCCUCCAUAGCUGUGCCGAUUUCUCACGCCCCCUCACGCGUUGGACACACUUGCUGGAUGCACAUUCUUGAGUUACGACUAUACGACUAUAUUUGUCAUGAAAGAAUAAUGGUUUAACUACACACCUGAGAAUUUGUAAUAUUUUGUAAAAUGCAAAUGAUUUUGUAUGAAAAGAACUUGUGAAUGGCUUGUUGGACCUCAUUAAAGCGCUUAACAUUGUAUGGUAAGGAUUAAGGAAAGCACUUUACAUUUGGCAAGUGCUAAGCAGGGGCAUCUUCUGGGAGACUUCAGCCUGUAUGAAGAAGACCCUAAAACUGUAGCUAUUUUUUGGGUGCAUAGGGUCCCAAAAGGAGAGAAGUAGCGCCCUCUUUGUUCACUGAUGGCACCUGCUUCUCCCUCUUGUCAUCUAUCAAACUGUUUCUCUAUAAAUCAAGUCUUAAAAUGUGUUUUGUUUGUUUCCAGUAGAUUUGAAAGUUCAUCAUGAAGAACGUGUGUGAAUGUGAUGUUGGGUUGAGUUCAUUUCAUUUGUCUUCGUACUUAUAUAAAUGCAAUUUGUUGUUGUUGUUUUUUUAAUAUAAAUGUAUAUAGUGAUUUUGGUCAGGGAUAAUGGCCUGAUUUCUUUGGGAAAGCUGUUCCAGACUGUUUUUUCUUUCACGCUCCUGAAAGACUGAGUAGGUAUGCCGAACAAUUUGAAGAACUGAACAUAUUUCAAAAGUCUGUAAAACUGUUUAAAAAAGUGUUAUUGAAAUUGUCAGGGUCAAUGAGAAAAAAGCCACUUAUUCAUUGUGUAUGCCUAUGGAAUAGCAAUUUGUAAGAUAAUAUGUGAAAUGUAACGUUACAAACUUGUAAUUCAGAUAACAUUUUGAUUCAAACAAAAUGUUUCUAUGUUUGAUCUGGUCAGCAUAGUUGAAGUUAUUUAAACAAAAAAAUACAAAAAUAAUAACUGUUGGGCAGUUACAUUGCUUUAUAAAUGUACACAUUAUCUAUAUACAUUUCAAAAUCUCAAAAGGAAGCCGUCCAAACUUUUCCUUUUACAAAUGAAUUGAAUUAUAAGACAUGAAGGUUGUUAUAUUUUUUUUAAGUAUUAUUGUAUGUUAAUUAGUAUUUUUCUGCUCACAAAUUUUGUUUUGUUUAAAAAUGGACUGUGCGUUUCUUUUUUUAAUUAAAUAAAUAUUGAUUUUAAUUC